AUGGCUGAGCCAAAAGUGGCGCUACAAAUCUCCCCUCCGCAAGAGCUUGUGUUCCAGGGUCCUUUUACCGAUGUCGUUACUUCUCCGCUGCGGCUGAUGAAUCGUGGCACCCAGCCGAUUUGUUUCAAGGUGAAGACUACCGCCCCAAAGCAGUAUUGCGUUCGGCCCAACUCUGGGAUCGUAGCACCAGGCCACACUUUCGAGACUCUGGGCACGCAGGAAGAGACUCCGGCGUCGAUCAAAUACAUUCAGAAUUCUACGACUAAAUCGGUUCACCAUACGCCACCGGGCAUCCAGACGUCCAGCCACGUGACCAAUCUUCGUUCUGGCAACGAUGACGAAUUCGCACGCAUGCAACAGAAGGCACAGAAAGCCGAGAAUGAGCUUACGGCCGUCAGGAAGGAUUUGGAUGACAUCAUGAAGGCCAUCCUUAUUACCGUCGCCGGACUCCUCAUCGGUCUGAUCCUCGGCAAACUCAUG